UCUGUGCUGAUUAAGAUGGGCAACAGCAUUUGCUGCUGUUAUUGUAGACAUUGCUUGGAUAUCUAUUUUUCUACAGAGGACUCACAUUUAGAAGGCGAAACAACUUCUCUGCUUCCACAGUUGAAUAGUAGUUCAAUACAUCCAUUGGCUAAAACUGAUUAUGGCAUUUGUUGGGGUAACCAGCAUGAAGCAUUGUACCAGGACAUGCUUGCAAGUGACAGUGCUAUCUGGCCUUACAACUCGCAUAAAGAAGUGAAUAAGAAGCUUGAUGAUUGCAAGGCGUAUGGAAAAAUCUGUGGCUGUGAUGAGGUUUAUCCACACUGUUGCCUUUGGGUGCACUCAUCUGAGGCCUUUCAUGUUCCCAGUGACCUUGAAUCAGUCAAAGUGGGCAAGCCAGACUCUCCUGCUUCACUUGUCGCAUGUAUUAAACCCGAUGAACAUGGUCUGAAUUUUUCUUCACAAGAGCAGAAGAAACACGUGGAAGCAGCUGACAUAUUAGAUGCCUGCCCACAAGCAAAUGCAAGGACAUCACAAAGACAAAUAAGUUUAAACAACCAGGAUUUGUGUACCUACUUGGGGUCUUCGUAUAGCCAUUAUGCAAAUGAGUUAAAUGCUACAAAUCUUGUGCAUGUCAGUGAGGAAGACAAACAAAAUGCUAAUUUUGUCAUGCUUAAACCUCAAUCUGCAGAAUUCAACUCGGUGAUCCUAACAAAUCGUGCAGAUACUGAACAUCAUGAUACUGAGAAGGAAAUAAGCUCAGAUCAUUCAACCGGCAUGACAUUGAUGAACGGUGAUGGAGCCCAUGAGCACCAGGCUGAAGCUGAGCCAAAGCAGAAUGGACAUGAAGUGGGAGAUGAGACGGAGGAAGGAAAUGAGCAGGAGGUUAUUGUUAUCCAAGACACCGGUUUUACGGUGAAGGUUCAAGUUCCUGGAGUUGAGACUUUUUCUAUCCAAGUCUCUCCACAGGAGAUGGUGCAGGAGAUCCAUCAAGUUCUCAUGGAUCGUGAGGACACCUGUCACAGGACAUGCUUUUCCCUUCAACUGGAUGGAAAUGUGCUUGACAACUUUGCUGAGCUGAAGACUAUAGAAGGCUUCCAGGAAGGCUCAGUUCUAAAGGUUGUGGAAGAGCCAUAUACUGUGCGGGAAGCCAGAAUCCAUGUCCGUCAUAUCCGUGACCUGCUGAAAAGCUUGGAUCCAUCAGAUGCUUUCAAUGGGGUGGACUGCAACUCUCUGUCAUUCCUAAGUGUAUUCACUGAUGGUGAUCUUGGAGACAGUGGUAAAAAGAAGAAGAAAGGAAAUGAACUUGAGCAGAUUGAUUGUACCCCACCUGAGUACAUUUUGCCUGGGAGCAAAGAAAGGCCAAUAAGUCCACUGCAGCCUCAGAACAAAGACUGGAAGCCCUUGCAGUGUCUAAAGGUCUUCACCAUGAGUGGCUGGAAUCCGCCUCCUGGCAACAGAAAAAUGCAUGGGGACCUUAUGUAUCUGUAUUUGAUAACCAUGGAGGACCGGCAUGUCAGUAUUACUGCAUCCACAAGAGGAUUCUACCUCAACCAAUCAACAGCAUACAACUUUAACCCCAAGCCAGCCAAUCCCAGUUUCCUGAGCCACUCCCUAGUAGAACUGCUGAAUCAGGUCAGCCCAACUUUCAAGAAGAAUUUUGCAGCCCUUCAGAAAAAACGGGUUCAGCGCCAUCCAUUUGAGCGGAUUGCUACCCCUUUCCAGCUGUACAGUUGGACUGCACCCCAAGUGGAGCAUGCCAUGGAUUGUGUUAGAGCAGAGGAUGCAUACACAUCCCGUCUUGGAUACGAAGAGCACAUUCCUGGUCAGACAAGAGACUGGAAUGAAGAGCUACAAACUACGAGGGAGUUAACUCGCAAAAAUUUGCCAGAAAGAUUGCUGCGUGAGAGAGCUAUUUUUAAGGUCCACAGUGACUUUACAGCAGCUGCUACAAGAGGCGCCAUGGCAGUUAUUGAUGGAAAUGUCAUGGCAAUCAACCCCAGUGAAGAGACAAAGAUGCAAAUGUUUAUAUGGAACAAUAUCUUCUUUAGCUUGGGUUUUGAUGUCCGAGAUCACUACAAGGAUUUUGGAGGGGACAGCGCUGCCUAUGUGUCGCCCACAAAUGAUCUAAAUGGGGUACGGGCAUAUAAUGCAGUGGAUGUGGAAGGACUGUACACUUUGGGGACAGUGGUGGUGGAUUACCGAGGUUACAGGAUCACUGCUCAGUCCAUUAUUCCUGGGAUAUUAGAGCGGGAACAAGAGCAAAGUGUAAUUUAUGGGUCCAUAGACUUUGGUAAGACAGUAGUGUCCCAUCCAAAGUACUUGGAACUGCUUGAGAAGACAAGCCGUCCCCUGAAGAUAAUGAAACACAAAGUUCUAAUUGACAAAGAUGAUGAAGUGGAGCUUUGUUCCUCUGUGGAGUGUAAGGGUAUCAUAGGAAAUGAUGGGCGUUAUUACAUUUUGGAUUUGCUACGCACCUUCCCCCCAGACCUCAAUUUCCUACCGGUUGAAGGUGAGACUAUGCCAGAGGAAUGUACAAAAAUGGGAUUUCCAAAAGAGCACAGACACAAGCUGUGCUGUCUACGUCAAGAGCUGGUGGAUGCUUUUGUGGAGCACAGAUACCUCCUGUUCAUGAAGUUGGCUGCCAUGCAUCUAAUGCAGCAAAAAGCAACCAUUCAGGACACGCUGGCAGUUGAUGCUCCCACUGCCUCAUCUGAUUCCACUGAGAAGGGUGAUCAGCCGGAAGGAAAUGGUCAGUCUGAAGAAAAGGAAGAUGUGGAUGGAGAGGCUCAGCUGAAGGAGCUGGAAGAGACCAUGGCAGCCCACAAAGAAAAGGUGGAUGCCAAAAGCAAAGAGGUGAUUCUGAAAGCUUGCCAGGCAGUCGGCUCCAUAAGUGAUUCAUCUUUCGACAUACGAUUCAACCCAGACAUCUUUUCACCAGGUGUGCUUUUCCCAAAUCAGUAUCUGGAAGAAGUGCAGAAUCAGAAGCAACUGUUGAAGGAUGCAGCAGCCUUUGUCUUAACGUGCCAGAUUCCAUGUUUGAUCAAAGACUGUCUUGACCACAGUGUUGUGCCAAUGGAUGGAACCACCCUGGCUGAAGCGAUGCACCAGAGAGGCAUAAAUAUGCGCUAUUUGGGGAAGGUUAUUGAUGUUGUCAAGAAAUUCCCUGUGCCAUCACAGCUGGACCAUAUCCAUAAAAUAUUAAUCAGCGAAGUGAUUACAAGAUCUGCGAAGCACAUCUUCAAAACGUACCUACAGGGUGUGGAACUUUCUGCCUUAUCUGCAGCCAUCAGCCACUUCCUGAACUGCUUUCUUAGCUCUUUCCCUAACUCUGUGGCCCAUCUCCAGUCCGAUGAGUUGGUCUCCAAGAAGAAGAACAAGAAGCGCAAGAACCGAAAUUUGGGCAAUGCUGACAAUACAGCUUGGGCCAACAUCGCCCCCCAAGAGCUUUGGAAGAACAUCUGUUCAGAAGCCAAAAGCUACUUUGAUUGCACUUUGGAAUGUGACAAUGCGGAGCAGGCCGUGGAGGUGUACAACCUGCAAAAAAUCAGCCUUCUCCGAGAAAUAUGUAUCAAAGUUGGGAUUCAGAUUCUUUUGAAAGAAUACAAUUUUGAUAACAAACACAAGCCUACCUUCACUGAAGAAGAUAUACUGAAUAUAUUCCCUGUGGUGAAACAUGUCAACCCUAAAGCAACUGACGCUUUCCAUUUCUUCCAAAGUGGCCAAGCAAAAGUACAGCAGGGUUACCUAAAAGAAGGAUGUGAAUUAAUCAAUGAAGCCUUAAACCUGUUUAACAAUGUAUAUGGUGCUAUGCACGUGGAAAUUUGUGCUUGUCUGCGCCUGCUUGCCAGACUCAACUACAUCAUGGGUGAUUAUUCUGAGGCCUUAAGCAAUCAGCAGAAAGCAGUAUUAAUGAGUGAGAGGAUUCAGGGUAUUGAGCACCCCAGUACCAUCCAGGAAUAUAUGCAUUUAGCUCUGUACUGCUUUGCAAACAAUCAGGUCUCAACAUCCUUAAACCUGCUGUAUCGGGCGCGCUAUCUCAUGCUUCUAGUGUAUGGCGAGGGACAUCCAGAGAUGGCGCUGUUAGAUAGCAACAUUGGUUUGGUGCUUCAUGGAGUCAUGGAAUAUGACCUCUCACUCCGGUUCCUUGAGAAUGCUCUUGCUGUCAAUUCAAAGUACCAUGGAGUCAAGUCAUUAAAGGUGGCACUCAGUCAUCAUCUUGUUGCUCGAGUGUAUGAAACCAAAGGAGAAUUCCGCUCUGCCUUACAGCAUGAAAAAGAUGGAUACACGAUAUACAAAAACCAGCUUGGGGAGCAGCAUGAAAAGACCAGAGAAAGCUCCGAGUAUUUGAAGUACUUGACCCAACAGGCAGUGGCCCUGCAGCGCACAAUGAAUGAGAUUUACAAGAAUGGCUCCAAUGCCAACAUCAUGCCUCUCAAGUUCACAGCUCCCAGCAUGACCAGUGUACUGGAACAAUUGAAUAUUAUCAAUGGAAUUCUCUUUAUCCCACUCAGCCAAAGAGAUCUGGAACAUCUUAAAGCCGAAGUUCAACGACGCCAGCAGCUUCAGGAAGCCAUCAAAGGUGCUGAAAAUCACGAGGCAAAGACUAAAGAAGCAGAGAAGUCCGAAACAUCAGACUCCAAUCUAAAUGCAGCCUCUGUGGCACCAGAAAGUUCUGCUUAGAUCCUUCCCUGUCUUUUUAUUCCCAUUGUUUAAAAAACAACAAAAACCACAGACAUUCAGCCUCAAUGGGUUUUAAUGAAAGACAAUAUAAUUGCACAGGUUCCGGUAUCGGUAAUCCACAUUGCAAAUAGAUCGCCAGUGUAAACUGUCUAACCCUGUGUCUGCUCAGCUGAGACAUAUCUGUUCCCAAAGGGCGGCACAUGUAGAAAGCAAAGAGCCCAGUCUGACGCUGGGAUUGUCUCUGUAUGUGUAUAUGAGUGGCUGCUGCAAGACGACAUUAAUGCAUUUGUAUAUGUUAGAGAAUGAUUGGGCUGCCUCAUGUUGACUGAACAUUUCUCAGGUCAGACUAGAACACUCUCUAUCUCCCCCGCUGAGCUCUGAUUUGGGAUGUCAAGUCUGACUCUUACCUUUCAAAGCUGCAACCAAAAGAGUCAGAGCUCAGACCUUUACAAAGCCAUACAGAGACUGUGAAAGAGCGCGGUAUGUUCAGCAGGGUGAAUCAUGGAAUUGGGAAUGGAUCAUGCACACUGUUGUUGGCCCUCUACAAACCAUGGGAAUUCACCUUCUAAAAGAGCAGUUUCAUUUUCUUUCCUUUUUUUGUGUUUUUUUUUGUUUUAAAUGACUGGUUUUAUAUACAGUAGCUGCUUUUUUUAUGUAUGGGUAUAAGCAAUGUGUGUGAUGUAUGUUUGGAUCCUUUCUCCUCUUUAAAGGUUUUUCAAGUUCUGCUGUCUCUUUUCUGUCCUCUCUCAACUUUCAAGUAAAAAGUCUUGCUUAUCUGAAUGUAUAGUCAAGUCUUGGGCCCUGUGGUAUUUUCUUAAUCGGGCAGAGACUUCCAGAAACAGCUGAACAUGUACCUAACACUAUUCAACUUUGCCUUAGAAAUCAAGAAUGUCCUAUUGGUUGGCCACAUAGAAUUAUAUUGGGCCGUAAUGCUGGAGCACAAGGAGUAAAAGCCUCCAUGGAAGGAGUAAUGUGAUAAAUCUGUAUCAUUUUACUAUUAACUAUUAUUCCUCAAUGCCUAGUGAACGAUUCUAUUUUGUAGAGCCGGGAUAUUCAGCCUGUGGCUCCCCAUCUGUUACUGAUCACUACUCCCAGCAUUCCAUGAGUUUUAUUUCAGCACCACCUGGAGAGUCACCAUGUGAGAACAUAAAGUCGGCAACCAUGAUGCCUAAUGGAUUCCUUAAUGAGCAUGGCCAUGAACCUGGGUGUGUUACUGUUCCUUAAUAAUGUCUGAUUUAUUAUUCACUAAUACAGCAUUUGAUUGUAAGACUAAUAGUUCUGCCCUAACUUGAAUAUGUCCAGCCAUGCUGUUGUUUUAUUGGCUAGAUUUACUAAAGGCUGUGAGAAAAUAAUAUUAUAGUUUGUCCUUGUAGCUGCUGUCUGUACACACAACUUUGUAUGAGCCGAUGAGUAUUCCAUGUGUACUGGCUAACGCUUGGUUUCUAAUAUUAGCAGCAAACUGAACUGGGGGCACUCCCAGCAGUAAGUGGUUUUCUGGGUAGUGGGUUCAGCUUGGUGUACAAGAUGGUUGGGAAAGUGAUCUUUAUUGUGUUAUAUGCAGCCCUGAUAUCCAAUUGGCACAUGUAUAGACACAGGAGGCAGUUAGACAAAUAGAAAUAAGUGUAUAGUACACAGGACAUUCAUAUUAUUAUUAUUAUUACUAUAGUCCCCUCUUACAAUAUUCUCAUUCCCUGCUCUCUGCCGUACAGUUUGGCUUGAAGAUGGAUCAUGAUUGUCAUAAAUUCUGGUCAUGUGACUCGGAUUGAAUGCAUUGUCUGCAUUUAUAGAUCCUUGGAGAUCAAUCCUCCGUGAUUGUCUGAAAUGACUGGUUUAGAGAGUGGCUAAGUGCCCCCUCUACAAUCCACUCUCUCUGAUCCUAUGUCUCUUCCCAAUUAGAAAGAAAUCAAUACAAACAAUAUUUUCUGGUUGUUCAGAUGCAUAAAAACCACUGAAAUUCACCGUCUUUACCAAAACCAGACCUCGAUUCCCUGCCCCCCAACUAUACCGUCCUUUAACUUUUUCUACAAUGUAGCAGAACUUUCAAAUACCCACCCUUUGCAACGGAAUGUUAUAGGCCUCUUGCUCCGUCCAUUACUCUUUAACUUAUGAUAUUGCUCUACUUAGAACUACCAGGAGAAAUGUCAGGUGACUCUUCCCUGCUCACUAACUUCACAAGACUCGGCAACAUCACAAGACUUUGUCUUCUCAGUAACGUAACUUUCUGCCGACUGUGUCUGGUUUACUGAAGUGAACAGAGAUAUUAAAAUAUCGAAUAUCUUAAAAUCUAGGGAAAAAAUAUAAAAUUCUAAGGUCUUCAGAAGGGCACUCUGAGCAGUUUACUUUAAUAGAAACACUUGGGGUUGAGCCGAAACCACAUUCUAUAAAAAGUGCUAGGAUUCAGCCAUUCUGGAUUUGUCGCGUCCCUACCAAUAUCAGUGGUGCCCAUUAUAAUAAGGAAUUUCUAGUCUUUGCCUCCUUGACCGUCCUUCCACCUGGCAAAGACUAAAGGUUUAUUUGGAUGGAACUAUGAACCUCUGUGUGAUGCCCCUGUUGAUUAAUCUCACGGCAGUUUACAUUGAACUGACAUCAGACUUGUUCAUGAUUUGUUUUACUUGCAGAGUAAGAAACUUGGUGUUACUUUGGGGGAUCUUUAUUUACAUGAAUAAUUUUUCUUGUCAUUUAGUAACUAAAUCAUGUGAUAAAAUGCUAAGAUUCAGAUUCUGUUCCCUUUUUUGUGUGCGUCCAAUCAGCUAUUGAUAUUUUUUACCUGCAAACUGUUCCAUUGCUAAACCUGUCUAGUUUGUGUGUUCACAAUAAUGUCUAAUAAUGUUUAAAGUGUUUGCUGAGGUCUCUUGAGAUGUUGAAAUGGAAAUUUACCCACAACGCAAUGCUUUAUAGGUUGAUGGCACAAACGGUGCCAAAAAUAAUUCACUGAGCAGAAGUCCAGCAUAAUCUGUCUGUCCACCUAUUUCUGAUUGAUACAAAGCUGCUGUUCCUUGGCAAGUGUCACUUGAAGACAUUUCCCAACACUUUACCAAGCCAUUGUAGGUAAAAUCACUGUCUCUUUAACAACUUGAGAUUUUAGCCUUUAAUAAAUUAAAGUCAAUGCA